AUGGCCAUAGUUAGAAGUCCGCUUCUUCGUCAAAUACGAAGAAAACCUUUGCAUUUCUUGGGUCCCUUCACAGUAAUAAUCGUUUUGGCAUUAUUUAUUUUAUCGCCAUCUACUCUCUCAUCAAUAAGUGGAUUUAACAGUACCAAGACAAAAUACAAUUACACCCCAAAGACUGGAUUUUUUGGCUCUUCUUCUAAAAAUAAAAACUUCCAAAGCAAUUUACCAGGCAAUCAUAUCUCACAUUAUGACUUGAAUAAAUUGAAAUCCACCCCUCGGGCAGCGUAUAACAAAGAACGUAUUUUGGUAUUAUCCCCAAUUUCCCGGUUUUAUAAUGAGUAUUGGGCCAACUUGUUGAAAUUGACUUAUCCAAGAGACGCCAUGGAAUUGGGUUUCAUACUACCAAGAACCGCCGAAGGGGACGAAGCUCUCAAGAAAUUGGAAAAGGCCAUCAAGAUUGUUCAGACCGGCCCAAAAGACGACCGGUUUGCCAAAAUCACCAUUCUUAGACAAGAUAACGAUGGGUUAGAAUCACAACUUGAAAAAGACCGUCAUGAGCUUCUGGUGCAAAAGGAAAGAAGAAAAAACAUGGCCAUUGCUAGAAACUCACUUCUUUUCACCUCUUUGAGUCCGUACACUUCAUGGGUGUUGUGGCUCGAUGCCGAUAUUAUCGAAAGUCCUCCAACUUUGAUCCAGGAUUUGAUCAGCCAUGAUAAACCAGUGAUGUCUGCCAACGUUUACCAAAGAUACAAGAACGAUAAAGGUCAACCAGACAUUCGUCCGUACGAUUUCAACAACUGGGUCGAAUCGGAAGAAGGGUUACGAAUUGCCGAAAACAUGGCAGACGACGAGAUCGUUGUGGAAGGAUACGCGGAAAUCGCCACUUACAGACCUCUCAUGGCCCAUUUCUACGAUAAGAAUGGCGAUGUCAAUACCGAAAUGCAAUUGGAUGGGGUUGGCGGUGGUGCCGUGAUGGUCAAGGCUGACGUCCAUAGAGAUGGGGCAAUGUUCCCGCCUUUCCCAUUCUACCACUUGAUUGAAACUGAAGGGUUUGCCAAAAUGGCCAAAAGAUUGGGUUAUGAAGUGUUUGGCUUGCCUAAUUACUUGGUUUAUCAUUACAAUGAAUGA